AUGAAGCUCGAUCAUGGGCACGGAGCCCUUUGGAAAGGCCUGGGAUGUCUUCUCGCCCUCCAGUUGCCCCUUGUAAACGCGCAGGUCGCUGAGAUUGAAAAGGCGACGAACGCCAGUUUGCUAUGGGGACCCUACAGACCGAACUUGUACUUUGGAGUUCGACCUAGGAUUCCGAAGAGUUUGAUGGGUGGGCUGAUGUGGUCGAGGGUGGAUGAUUAUGAUUCGGCGCAGCGCACUUUCCGACAUGAAUGUGAACAGCAUGAGCUGGAUGGCUAUGGCUGGGAUGAGUACGAUGUGCGCAGUGGUGGACGCCAGACGAUCCACGACCCAGCGAAUCGGAUAGACAUCACUACCGAGUUUAUCAAGUUUCCUGGUGGUGAACAUGGAGGGAGUUGGGGAGCUAGGAUCAGGGGUACGUUGCGAGAGGAUGCGGAUCCUCAGCAGCGGACAACGGUCUUUUGGUACAAUACGCUUGAGGGUGUUGGCAUGUUGGAUGCAGGCACAGCAGCUGAGGGCGAACUUGGCGUCUCGGGCGACGUCUUCAUCAAGGGCGAGACGCCUGAUUUGGGCACAUUCGAGGUCAAGGUCACAGAGGGCCAAGGCCGUCACCCGCAUAGCGGCCACCCAAGUGAGCAUGACAAACCACUUGAUCUGACACUGGUGCACAGUGGAUCCGUCCCCGAGAAUGUCUUGUGGCAGACGAAAGCCUUGAUCUUCAAGCAUAUAAAGGGACAGAUCGAUCAGCUUGUUCUCAAGUACGACGAGAAUGACCCGCCUCCGCCAGCCCAAGUCUACACCAUCCAGCAUCAGCCUAGUACUGGAAACAUGCACGUGGUGCAGAAGGUCUUUGAAGGCCCAUUCGAGUUCGACAUCAUCUUCUCGUCUGGUUCUGCGCCUACCAAGAUCACUUCCGAGGACUUGACAGAACAGAUUGGAUCUGUCACUUCGACCUUUUCUUCACGCUUCACUGAGAUCUUUGAGCCUCAGCCUCCUUUUAUCAAGGAGCGCUACGAGGAGUUCUCCAAGUCACUUUUCUCCAACUUGAUUGGAGGUAUCGGAUACUUCUACGGAGACUCUGCUGUGGAUCGCUCCUACGACCCGGCCUACGAAGAGGAUGACGAGGGCUUUUGGCAAGAUGCUGCUGAGGCGCGGAGCAGGAAUCAACCCGUUAUGGAAGGCCCGUCUGAGCUAUUCACGAGCAUCCCAUCAAGAUCUUUCUUUCCGAGAGGCUUCUUGUGGGACGAGGGCUUCCAUUUGUUGCCCGUUCUGGACUGGGAUGCUGAUCUUACGCUCAACAUCAUCAAGAGCUGGUACAAUCUCAUGGAUGAGGAUGGCUGGAUCGCCCGCGAGCAGAUCCUCGGUGAUGAGGCUCGCAGCAAGGUGCCAGAGGAGUUCCAAGUGCAAUACCCGCACUACGCCAAUCCACCCACGCUGUUCAUGGUCAUCACCUCCUUCCUUGACAAGUUCGACGCUGUCAAGGCCGAUACGACAAAUGCCAAGUUGAUUGCGGAGAAGUCCUAUUCCAUGCAGCUUGCGAACCGCGAAGCGGCAUUGCAGUACCUCCGCACACUAUACCCUCUAUUCAAACGCCAAUACUUCUGGUUCCGUAAGACGCAAGCCGGCGACCUCAAGAGUUACGAUCGUGAGGCGUUUUCCUCAAAAGAAGGCUACCGCUGGCGCGGACGCACACCCCAACACAUUCUAACAUCCGGUCUCGACGACUACCCUCGCCCACAGCCACCCCACCCAGGUGAGCUGCACGUUGAUCUCAUCAGCUGGAUGGGCAUGAUGACCCGCGCCCUAAAGCGCAUCGCAGUCUACCUCGACGAAGAGGAAGACGCCGCAGAGUUUGCAAAGUACGAUGAAGCCAUUACCCGUAACAUUGAUGAUUUACACUGGUCUGAGAAGGAGAAGACAUACUGCGAUGCCAGCAUUGAUGACUACGAAGAACACGUUUUCGUCUGCCACAAGGGGUAUAUCUCCCUCUUCCCCUUCUUGACAGGCCUAUUGGACAAGGAUAGUAAGAAAUUGGGUGCCGUGUUGGACUUGAUCGAGGACGAGGACGAGCUUUGGAGUCCGUAUGGAUUGAGGAGUUUGAGCAAGAGUGAUGAGCUUUAUCACACAGGAGAGGACUAUUGGAGGGGUCCUGUGUGGAUGCCGAUUAAUUAUCUGGCAGUCUCGCAACUUUUGAAACUAGCCCAGGCUCCAGGACCUUACCAAUCCCGCGCCCAGAACAUGUACACGGAGCUCCGCAAGAAUCUGGUAAACACGGUGUAUGAAAGCUGGAAGGAGACGGGGUUUGCGUGGGAGCAAUACAAUCCCGAGACGGGCAAAGGUCAGCGGACGCAGCAUUUUACGGGGUGGACGAGCUUGGUGGUGAAGAUUAUGGCGAUGCCGGAUUUGGGUGGCGAGAGGGUGAGGGAUGAGUUGUAG